GGAUGGCUGAAGGGAACGCCCAACGACGCUUCCUGGAGCAGAAACUGAAGGACUAUGAUGUUAAUGUGUGGCCUGGCGGUGCCGAGAGAUAUGAUACACGUGGCAGGACAAAGCGGUCUCCUCUCCCUAAAGGAGUACGACCGAGUCUGGAGGCGCUGGAGCCGACGACGGUGGGGAUUCAGAUGUUCAUCAACUCCUUCGGCUCUCUUAACGCUGCUAAUAUGGACUACAGCAUCGAUGUGUUCCUGCGUCAAUACUGGAAUGACCAUCGUCUGAUGUUCAACAAUACACGUGCCCACUUCACCAUCACCGACCCCAUUAUGCAGGCUAAGAUCUUUCUUCCUAAAUUAUUGCAUACAAUACCUGUCCUGUUGGCGCCACACUGUUAUGAUGGUGUGGCCCAGCGUCUGACUACCCCAGCACCACAUUCUGAUGAUGAUGCCACUAACAUGAAAGUUGUAUUGGUGAUGGGACUGCCUUGCCCUCGCCUCCUGGUGACGCUGACGCUUGCCUGCAGUAUGGAGUUUGAACACUAUCCCUUCGACGCCCAGGAGUGUGGCACCUCCAUCAGCUCCUAUGCCAACACCGAAGAUGUCAUCCUGUAUGACUGGGUGAAGGAAAGACCAAUAGACUUGCCAGAUGAGCUUGAAAUUGCUCAGUUUGACCUCAUGGCUACCAACACCGAGGAUGACACCCAGGUCUUUGUGACAGGUAACUUCAGUGCAUUAAGGGUAAACUUCAAGCUACGACGUCAGAAUGGCUACCACGUCCUUCAGACCUACGUCCCCACCAUUCUCAUCGUGUCCAUCUCAUGGGUGUCUUUCUGGCUGGAUCCCAAUGCUGUGCCUGGUCGAGUGUCCCUUGGAGUCACCACCCUUCUCACUCUCACCACCCUCGCCUCCGGCAUCCGAGCUCAGCUUCCUCCUGUAUCCUACGUUAAGGCUAUUGACGUGUGGAUUGGGAUGUGCAUGAUCAUGGUGUUUGGAGCCCUACUGGAGUUCACCUUUGUGAACUGGCUGGCCAACAAGAAAGUUGUCAGCCAUCGCCAGACUAUGUUCAAGAUUCCUAAGGCUCUGUCUGGCUCUGAUGAUGCUGAGAAGGUGGGAUGUCAUUAUGAUGAUGAUGAUGGUGAUCAUGUAGAUGAGACAAAGGAGGCUGAGAAUGGAAAACAACAAGACGUCGAUGAGGAUGGUGCUGCCAGCAAGACCCCGAAGACUUACAUGAAUUAUGCACGUGCUUUUGAUCGCCUUUGUCGUGCAAUUUUCCCUGGAGGUUUCCUGAUCUUCAAUCUUGUCUACUGGCCUUACUAUCUUGUCCAGCAGCAACUCACACUUGAGGAGACUUCCUAAAUGUGCAGUUGUUAGCCAUAGUAAUUGGAACAUUGUGUAAACAGCCUCUUCCAAGUACAGUACUAGUCAUUUUAAACUAAUAACUGGAGAUGAGAUGUUAGGUAUGUAAACAGUAAUGCCUAAUGCCAUUUUACACUAGAUUUAUGUGUUCAUUCAUUACUACCGUAAAUAUCUUUACGAUGUAACUAUGAUGAAUGACCCUCAGUUAUUAAUGUGUUGUCCCUUUUGCUUCACUGCUACUGCCUUGCCUCAGAGGGUUUUGUGUACACAGUAUUAAGGAUUUCGGUCAUAAAGUAUAAACAGACAGCUAGACCAGUACUGUACUGUAGUCAUGAUGACUUGUUCUUUAAAUAGCAAUGAAUUGCAUAAUUUGAAAACAGAGGAGUAGAAAUUUAACUGAGGUUUUGAAGUUUGGACAUAAUGGCGACAGGCUUUUAUCCCACAACACAUAAGCUUGGAUGUUGCAUAACUUUAUCUAACUUGGUUAAAGUGAUAUUGAAAAAUGGCAGCUAUUUUGGAUUUACUGUACAUCCAUUCAUGUUUUAGAAAGGCAUUUUUUUUUUUUUUUUUUUUUAGAAUUAAAAAGACAAAUACACUUCUGAAUAUUUGCUGUAGUAUCAGCUGUCAUGUUAUGGUUCUAGACAUAGGCAUCACACCACAACUGGUAGCUACCAAAAUAAAAAACUGUAAAGUAGAAACAUUUAAACGACAGAACCACAACAGUUUGUCAAGCCUUUCACUGUGUUGAGAAUACAGUAGAAGGAAAAACCUCUUUGCCUUGAUGUUACAGUCAUAGUACUAUUAGAGGCUUUUAUUUACUGUCUAAAGCUUAUCAGAGGCCACCAUUUUCAGUGUUCUCUGCUGUUUCAACUCUACACUUCCGAGCAUUAUACAGUUUAAUAGUGAAGAUCACUGAAGACUUUAUAUGUGUGUGGGGACGUAUAACAUGCAAUUAAUUAAUAUAAGUCUUUGUAACAAACCUUAAGCUUAUCCAGUUGUGUUAUCAAACUGUUUAAGUAGAGUAGUGGUAACAUCAGCACCAGGCAAUGAAAAUGUUAUUAUUAGGAAUUACCUAUGACAGGAAGUUUCCAAAUGCUUGUAGUUAAUAUUGUCUUAGUUAUCAUCAAGCUUAGGGAACAGCAUACCAAUACUUGCAGGUAUUUGGCUACCUUUGAUGUUCCAAAACAGUGUGUACACAUAGAGCUUAACAGUCCUGAAACUUAUUAAUUAUAUUUUAGCAGUUCAGGAAAAUACUUUCACUUAUUACUGUACAGUGCAGUAUAACUAAAUUUGUUUGUUUGUUUCCCUUGUGGGAUACUGGAUGUUAACCUUGCUGGAGGUGUGAUUGUACUGUACUCUGGUCCCCAGGGCUGGGGAAGUGGAAAACCCCUUUUAAAAGAUAUACUGUACAUAAGCCUGUGCCUCAAACUUAAUAUUUGGCACUACAGUAGAAUUAAUUAGUGCACUUAUCACCAUUUAUCCAUUGAUGACAUGACUUAUUCCUCUAGUCUGUCUUUUACAGUAUCACAAAAGAUGAAAUUCUUAUUGUAGCUGAUGAAUCAUUAUGCUACAUUUAAUCAUAAAUGAAAUACCUGCAAAGUGCAUUUAACACUGUGAGGAUUGCAGUAGUACAGUACUUGGUCAGAUACCUUAAUUUUUAUCAAAAUAUCUUCAAAAUGAGUGGAAUUAUUUAGAUGACACUAGAAAAUGGGUUGAAUCUGACCAAAAGAGAACUUACUCAGGCUAGGAAAACAUAGGCUGAAGGUUGCAAUAAUAACAUACACAUGGUAGGGGUGUGCCAACUAUGCUCUAUGUAACAGUAUAUCAAUCUUUAUUACCGUAAGUUUGUUAGUAAAUAAUUCUCUCCUCACAUAGUAUUUGUUGCCUUAUUUUUUCAAUAAAUUUGCCCGGGGCAUUACCUCACCAGGGUAUACAGAGUGUCAGUUUGGUGCUUAUGUAAAUGACAAUAAUCAGUCAGAAGAGCUUUUAUUAUCAUCCACUACUCUUAAGCACUUGCCCAAGUAACAGAUGAUGACAAUGGAAAUUUUCAUGAUAAUUAUUCCUGAUAUGAGUGGAGAUAAUAUACAGCACUGUAUAUUGCACAUUACACUGCCACUGUGAGUGUUUCCUUCACUUUUCCAUCCAGCAUUUUUGUGUUGAAUUACCUUGUUGUUUUUCAUAACGUAUCACAGCGUGUUGUAAAACUGUUAUGGAUGUAUUAGGUACCUUCAAAUAUGUAAAUUUUUUAUUGUACUCAGAAGUUGGAAAAUGUACUCACUAGUUUUUGUUGAAACAGUAGUAUGAGGAUGGAAGCUUGACGUGACCUUCACCAUUUACCUGAAAUUAUUAUAUACAUUUGACUAAUCUUGUCAGUGUUUAUCAGAAUCACAAUUAUACAGUACAGUGAUUUAUAGUGAUUACCGUAUUUAUUUGGUAAUGCUGGUACUUGUAUUGAACAAUAUCCUUUCUAUUUUAGUUUGAUAAAUAUGAUGUGAAUCAACAAACAGAUAAUUUUUCCCAAAUUCUCCUUAAAGAAUCUUUCAUACAAAGGGUUUCAAUAUUUUUUUAGUUUGUAUUUAUUUAUUUUUAUUUAUUAUUAUUAUUUAUAUUUGCUGUACAGAUGAAGAAAAAUAUUCACAUGGUCUUAAUUCUAAUGACAGUGAUAAAAUUUGUGAAGAGUAUUGUCUUGGUGUUACCACAGUCAGUACUAACUGUUGUGUGAUGGUAGAGGAGAAGCUGCAGGUCCAGCUCUGUGCAGUACAGCACUUUACAGGACUGUACGCUAUGCUGUUUAAGAAAUUAGUUUUCCUACAAAAAUAUGUUUGAAGUAUUAAUUUUUACAGUACUAAAAAGGGAGGCCAUGAGUUAGAGUACCAUACUUUAAAUAUUGUACAGUAUGUACAGUACUAGCUUUAAAAUUGUUAACAUUUUGAACAGUCCCUUUCUAUAUAACAGGAUAAACAUUUAUAAUAAAGAUAUCUUAAGAUCAAAUUGUUAUGAUGAAGCUGACAGAAAUUUUUGGUCAGAUAAACAAUUUCUAUCAUUGUCAUUAUAACAAUCUCUUUAAAACUUCAAAUAUGUAGAAUAAAAAUAUUAUAUAUAUAUAUA